AUGGCUUCAGAAAUCAGCUCUAUAACACCUGAAUCUACAAGCAACAAAGAUUUACCAGCCGAACUACGAUAUAUACAAUAUGAGCAUUCACUCGAAAAACAAUAUUUACCCUCCAUUCGAGCCCUGAUAUCCAAAGAUUUGAGCGAACCCUAUAGUAUCUAUGUGUAUCGAUAUUUUCUAUACCAGUGGGGAGAUUUGUGCUUUAUGGCACUCGACCCCUCUCUCCCUCUAACCCCCACAACUACCCCUCCUCUCCACGGCAUCCUUAUCGCCAAACUCGAAACCCAUUCCUCACACUCCCCACCCACCCUCCGCGGAUAUAUAGCCAUGCUCGCAGUUUCAUCCUCAUUUCGCGGUCAGGGCAUCGCAACCAAAUUGGUAAAAUUGGCCAUUGAUGCGAUGGCUGCCAGAGGAGCAGACGAAAUAGUUCUAGAAACCGAAGAGGGAAAUGUGGCCGCAAUGAGAUUAUAUGAACGAUUGGGAUUUGUGAGGAGUAAGAAGUUGAACAGAUAUUAUUUGAAUGGGAGUUGUGCAUAUAGAUUGGUGCUGCAUUUGAAGAGGGUGGGCAACAUGAGUGGAAUGGUGGAGGGAAGGGAUGAUGAUUAUGUUUAA